GUAGCGUUGAAAUAUGAAAAUGUCGAGCUCUUGAAAGACUUUCUAGUAAGUUUCUACUCAACACACCUAUGAACGCACCUCGGAUAGCCUUGAGGGCGUCAGAGAGACUGACUAUAUCGUCUCGCUCUACUCUCACAGCUCACGUCCGUGAAAAUAGUAGCUCUACAUUGCAGAAGCCCGCUGCUGUCAGCUCAGAUGAAGGUCUACCUCCUUCUCUAGAUCGCCCGCUAGGCUUUCCCAUGCCCAUGCAGCCAUUACCCCCUCUACCUACGCUGCUUCAACGCACAAAGACGCUCUUGACAACGCCUGGUCAGCACAAAAAGAUUCUAGCAGAAGAAGGUGGUUCAUAUUGGCGAGAUUUCCAUGCAAUGCGGCAAGCUGGUGGGAAACAGUGGACAGCACCUCGCUUGCUCUUUCGGCAAGACAAGGCCCUCUACUUUCCUAAUGUCAAGGGCAACUUGCUGUCUAGUGGCAAAGAAGUGGAACUCAGAGUCCUGCUGGAGGAAGCACAAACAGCUGGCUCUAAAGCUUUCUUGGUGCGUUGCUUUUCCGCAACGAGUGGCGAAGAGCAGGUCCGUGGACUGGGUGAAGCUUUGGGUGUUGCUACGAUUGACCUCAACAUGCAGACCAAUGCUCAGCAAGCGCGGUAUCUCAUCAUGGAUGGUGGAUAUGCGUCCCAAUUACGCUACAUUGGUGCAGUGAAUGCGUAUGUGGGCUAUACGUACUUGCUGGACCUAGAUGGCAAGAUCAGGUGGGCGAGCAGUGGUGCAUUGACAGAGACGGAGCAAGCAUCCCUUGCAAAAGUCGCCUCUAAACUGGUCUAAGAAGAGACUAUGAGGCUAGACUUUGGCGGCAUUACGCCUCUGGAAGAAUGU